UGUCACCAGACAUUUUGCUUCUGCUACUAUUUGUGUUCGCUGUCAAACAGCGAUGCAAAGCUUGCAACCGUGGUUUGAAAAUAACGCUAGUACAGCUUACAUAUAAACUCACAUAGUCACAUUGUUUCUGUGAUACAUCCCCCAGGCUAGUAAACAUUAAAGAAACAAAGAGCCUUCUCAGUGCAACUGCCAGCUCAUCAUAUUUUACAAAAUUAUGUGAAGAGCAUUCCAUUGAGUCAUGGAAAAACACACUAUGUUGGGCCAAAACACCUUGAGAUAUUUUAGCUUAUUCAUCUUGACUUUACAGACAACUCUGACAGUUUUGGCAAUGCGAUAUUCACGAAAACAAACAGAAGGAGGAAAAGAUUUAUAUAUUGCCACCACAUUGGUUCUUGUUUCAGAACUCAUCAAAUUUAUGUUCUGCCUGAUUCUUCUGCUCAUUCAGAAAUCUGGCUCUAUAGAACAGCUUUUAAAGGCUUUGGGAUCUGAAGUUAUUUUCAAGCCAUCGGAGACUGCCAAACUUGCCAUUCCCAGCUCAUUAUACACUAUUCAGAAUAACCUGAUUCUAUUAGCUCUGUCAUCCCUGGAUGCAGCAACUUUUCAAGUCACUUAUCAGUUGAAAAUUUUGACAACAGCCUUCUUUUCGGUUUUACUUUUGAGGAAAGACAUCAAGGCAUUUCAGUGGUUAGCCCUAAUUGUCUUGAUGAGUGGUGUGAUACUUGUCCAGUUUUCUUCAGAUGGGAAGCAAAAAGAAGCUAACAUAGUUCCAAGCAACCCACAUAAACAUUUAAUUGGUAUGUUAGCAGUAGUUGCUUCAUCCUUAUCAAGUGGGUUUGCUGGCGUGUACUAUGAAAAACUCUUAAAGGAAAGUGCGCAACCGUCUGUAAUCAUUCGAAACAUUCAGCUCGGUAUUUUUUCAAUAAUAUUUGGAACCGCUGGAGUCGUUAUAAAUGAUUGGGACAAAGUGUCCCAACGUGGAUUUUUCGACGGAUAUACUUCCGUUGUCUGGCUAGUUAUAAUGCUCCAAGCAAUGGGAGGUCUAGUUGUAGCAGCUGUGAUCAAAUAUGCUGACAAUAUUUUAAAGGGAUUUGCAACAUCAGUCUCCAUAAUUUUAUCUUGCCUUUGUUCUUACGUUGUCCUCCAUGACUUGAACUUGGAUCUGACCUUCGUUCUUGGGACUGGACUAGUCAUCUUGGCGACUUUUAUGUAUGGAAUUCAGUCACACAACACACCGUUUAUUGGCAGCAACAGUUCCAACAAUUUAAUAGUCGAUAAAGACGAAAAUGAAGAUAUUAGCCGUGCGUCUUACACAAAGGUAAAUAAUGAUCGAACUUACCAAAAACUUUCCAGCACAAUUUAAACCUUGUUCUACACCACUUGGUUGUCCAUAUAUUGUUGUUGCUGAAUAAUUAAGUUAUUGUAUUUGUUAUUUAAUUGAAGUCCUUGUGACGUACAGCUCAAAAUCAACGCUAUGAAGAUCUUAUAUACCCCCUUAUUGUUUGUUAUCUUAUAUCCUUUAUGUUUAAUUUAAGAUUCCUUACCUGUAAAACCUUUUCCCUACAAAAAAAAGCGAAUUUGCAAAGCAAUUUUGUUUAUCUCUAAUUUGUCUUAUUUUAGUAGCAAAAUGAAUUGCAAUAAAGUACAGCAGUUUCUAUUUGAAGCCGGCUAAAGGUAAAGUCCUCGUUUUCUAUCCGGGUCCCAAAGAACAAGUUUUGUUAAUACUUAUCGCAGAAUAUCUGAAGGAAUCUAUUGAGGGCUAGCACAUUGGUGUAUAGUGUUUAACUGUCUGUUUUCAAAAUGGGUGUCCCUUCUCGUUGUCUCCAUUUAUCAUUAUCGUUGCUAUUUUUCUCCCCAGAAAUCAUUCUAGUAUUAUUUUUCACUAGGCUGAAAAACCCAAAAUUCUAUGACGAUAAAAACAGAAGCGUCAACGCGAUCCACGAUCGAAUGUUUUUUGCAACUGCCUCAUCGCCAAAUGUUUUUGCAGCAAUCUUUCACUAGUUGUAAAUCUUAUUGACAACACCUAGAGUAACUGGAAAUUUUAAACAAUAAAAUAAUUAGACAUUGAA